UGCCUUAGUAUUUUUCCGUCCAGCCAUGCACGGAAUUGUCGUUUUGCUUGGCUUUGCGGCCGUCGUUGGGGUCGUCUAUGGUCAGUGUACCGUCAGCAUCAAAGUGAAAGGGCAGCCUGUCGAAGUCAACAAGGCGUUGGGUGUAUGGCACGAAUAUCGCCACCUGGAUUUUGGCCCCAUUGUGCCGUAUGACGCAUCAAAAGACCCUAGUAGCUACAACUUACUGAUGAAUGGGACCGCUCUUGGUAUCAACCCCGAGCCGGGUAAAGACGCUGGUUCUACUAGCUACGCGGUCAGCUGGAUGUACAACGGCCUGCAACCCGGAGCUGCCGCAACCGAUCCUCUGACAUGUGUGGCUAUUUGGCAGUCUGGAAACUUUAACUCUGAUGGACGUCGUGUCGUUAAGGUCCAGUUCGACACGAAUCCGCCUUACAACACCAUCGAGGAUUUCACCUACACAAAUCUCUUCACGGAUUAUAAUCUGGUGCAAGUGCUGUUUCGCUGCAAUACGCCCAACGCCAAUGGUGUCACGUGCGACGAGCCGUACGCGUGGGUGUUGACCCGCAUCAAGCCGCCGCUGCUGACCACCGCGCAGAAGCAAUACAUCGAGGCCAUCGCCAACUACUACAUUCCCCCGGUGGUCUGCAACAAGUUUAAGUUUGCCGACAUGUGGCCCACCAAAUGGGAUCUCUCCAAGACGGGACCGCCCUGUAACGUGGCCGACAACCAACCGCCCAUGUCCAGCCAAUUCCGGGCGCUGCUGCCAGUCAAGUGGGCCGGUGCAUAGAUUUUUCGCUGUAUUUCGGGUACCGUUUUUCUUAAAAGACUGUUUUCUCGAAAAACUGGGAAAGUCCAAUAAUUAGAUUCGGCUGAAUUUGAAUUGUAGAGCAUUCAUGUUGAUUACAUGCCGGUAUAAUUCGGAGCAAGUACUACAGGCAAGUACUGUACAAGGCAAGUGGGUACAUGCUGCAGUAUUCGUUCACGCGUACGCUAAGACGCUGCGAUACCAUCUGACCGAGUCUAUGGGUGGGUCUCAAAUUCGAAGCGAAUCUAGUUGCGAUACAGCAACUCCACCUCGCGAGGUGGCUUCGCGUACCGUAUCUGUAGGCGUGGCCACUGCAAACAGCCACCUCGUGCGGUUGAGCAACCGUACCAUAGCGAGAUU